ACCACUCUGGGCUCCUCCUGCACGCCCAUCCUCACCACCGCAUGCCUCUUCCACACACCACUACCACCAAGCACCAGCAUGAGGCACAUAAGGAAGUUGCCAAGGAGGGCAACGGUGCAGUGGGCGCAGCAGCAGUGAGGGGGGGGAAGCACGGCAGCGCAUGUGGCAGGGAGCUGGCGGCGUGGGUGGUGGAGCAGUUCGUGCUCGGCACAUGCGGCACCCGCCCUGCUGCCAUACCUCCCCUCCCCGGCGCCCCAGCCCUCGCCAGCACCACCCCCAGGACAUUCCCCCCGACGCUCCCCCAGGAGUGGGGGGAGGGGAGGGCGCAGGGGGCAGUCCGCGGAGAAGAGCUGCCUCCUGGCAGCGGCGGUGGCAGCGGGGCAGGGCGGGCACCAGGGGCCGGGGGAGCAGCCGUGCCUGCUGGGAGGGGGGCGGGGGAGGCAGAGAGCAGUGACUGGGGCACAGGCAGCGAGGGAGGGGGGAGGAGGCGCGGGCAAGCAGUGGGUGCUCACUGCCAUGACGCCCCCCAUAAGGUGCCCACUGCCAUGGACGCCCCCCAUAAGGAGAGGGAAACGGCUGGGUGGCCAGUGCUGGAUGCGUGUGCUGCACGCACCAGCGCGCUGCCCCUGGCUGCUGCGGCAGCGCUGCCAACCCACUGCGCGCGCCUUCUCCCCUGCGCUGCCUCUCCCGCCCUCUUCAUGCUCGCCGGACAAGGCCGCCCAGAGGACACGGUGGCAUCGUCGUCGGUGGCGGUGGGGCGGCUGGUGCUGCCCUCGCCUCGUGGCGCGCUGCCAGGCCAUUCUGCACCGCUUACCGCCGACUCCCUGCAAGCAGGUGGGGCUCAGCAGCCAUGCCGGCAGUGCGGCUGUGCGGAGAUGCUGCUGCUGCUGCAGGAGCUGGUGCGCCUCGUGCUGCACCCCCUCGUCGCUGCUGCAGUGGACGUGCCCAUCGCGCCCAAGGCCAGUGCAGAGGCGCACGUCACGGCGCAGGCAGCAGCAGCGGGGGACACGCUCACCAGGGGUGAGCUGGAGCGGGCCGUGGGAGCGGGACAGCGCAGCGCGGCGGUUUGA